AUGGCGCCGGACGCGGAUUGGCCGCAGGCGCUGCGGGAGCUGGUGGGCCGGGCGUUUGGGCAGUGUGCGGAUGCGCAACGUGGUGCGGUGAGUGCGGAGCUGAAGCGGCUCAUUUUUGAGGCGGUGCAGGAUGGGUCGCUGCAUACGCGAGACUGGGCGCGCGUGCGUCUCGCGUCGCUGGGCGAGACGCGGAAGCGCCGUGCGCCGGAUACGCCGACGAAGGCGGGGCGGUAUCGGGAGGAUCCGACGCGUCGAGAGCUGCGGCAGCGGCGUUUUGAGGCGGAGCAGGCGGCGUUUGAGCGGGAGCAGCAGGCGGAUCGGGUGGCGGCCGCGGUGCCUGUGAGGGACGCGGCGCCGGACCCGAAUGUCGUGGACUGGGACGCGUAUACGGUCGUCGGCACGUCGACGAAGCUGGAGAAGCCGUACCUGCGGCUGACGUCGGCGCCGGACCCGAAGACGGUGCGGCCGCUCGCGACGCUGCGCCGGACGCUGGCGUUGCUGACGCAGAAGUGGGCGUCGGAGCGCAACUACGACUAUAUGUGCGAUCAGCUGAAGAGUGUGCGGCAGGACUUGACUGUGCAGCGCAUCACGAACGAGUUUACAGUGCGUGUCUACGAGAUGCAUGCGCGCCUCGCGCUCGACAUGGGCGAUUUGGGCGAGUACAAUCAGUGCCAGUCGCAGCUGCGUGUGCUGUAUGCGUACGACCUGCCUGGGAGCCGCCUCGAGUUUCUUGCGUACCGGAUUCUGUACCUGCUGCACACGCGGCAGCAGCGCGACGUGCAUACUCUGAUGGCCGAGCUGAGUGACGAGGCGCAGGCCGAUGUGGCGGUGCGGCAUGCGCUCGAUGUGCGCGCGGCGAUGCGGUGCGGCAACUACCACCGCUUUUUCGAGCUGUAUGCGCAUGCGCCGAACCGGAAUGCGUGCCUCAUGCGCCACUUUGUCGAUCGCGAGCGCGUGCAGGCGCUGUGGAUUUUGGCGCGGGCGUUUCGGCCCGCGUGUGCGCUCCCCUUCCUGACGUCCGAGCUCGGGUGGUCGACGGAGGAGGAGGCGCGUGCGUUUUUAGCGAAGCAUGGCGUGGCGUGCUUCGUGGGCGCGGCGUGGGAUACCAAGCGGGCGGAGGCGCCGCUGGUCGCGGCCCUCGCGUCGUACCGCCACGUGGACUUGCAGGGCCCUCGAUAG